AUGGACAUGGACUUCUCAGUUGCUGAGGGUCAUCUAUGUAACAUGGGAAGAAUGAUCGAAGAAAUAGAGGGCAAGCUGAGGAACUCACUGGAGCAGGUUUAUUUUGGGAAGACAAAGGAAAUGGUUUGCACUUUGCGUCCACCCUCUGAACUGGCUCAAAUGAGGCUGCCCGACAGCCGUGAUGCGUGA